UUAAACACUAAAACCCUUAAUUCUUAUCUACAUUGAUACAAAAUAUAUAAUGUUACGCUGCUAUCUUAGUAUACUCCCUUCUCAACUCCUUUGUACUCCUAUAAUUCCACCAUUUCCGCAGAGCUCAAUUCCACAUCACAUUACUUGCCCGCCUAGUUAUGGCUGUAAGAUCUAUACUGUAGGCCACAAAAAAAAAAAAAAAAAUUUGUGGUUUUUUGAAGGCCAUGUGGGUAUCACUAUUUUGGUUUGUGCGACUUGAUUUGAAGAUUGACAUUGAGUAUUUACGAUGAAAAAUGAAUAUAAAUAGAUCAGAAGCAGUAGAACGGCGGCCUUUGUUGGAAGGCCAAUCUCAGACAAGGCCCACGUCAUAUGGAGCUGGAAAUCAAGUGGAUGUUGAAGUGGAUCCUCUUAACAUCAAUGCUGAUUACGAACAUUUUGCUCCAGAGGGAAGCUGGCACAAAAGGAAGAAUGUUCCUACAGCCACGAAGCCUGCUGCACACAACAUUCUAAAUUCUGAUUUUGAAAGCUUGGACUACGAUAUCUGCGAGAAUCAUCUGUUGCUAGAUGAAGAGCGCUCAAAAGGGUACAAAUUUAUCUUAAAAAAAAAUUUAGCGAGGUGGUUUAUUUUUUGGUUGAUUGGAGUCAUCACAGCCCUGAUUGGCUGCUGCAUUGAUGUUGCUGUGGAAGAAGCUGCCGGCUUCAAGUUCAAGAACUUGAAGAACUAUGUUGAUUUGUAUGUUGAGGAGAACCGUUUGUACAUACCUUAUGUGAUAUGGCUGGCUUUCAACGUUUUGCCUGUGGCAGUCGGAGCGCUUCUGGUUACCUACAUCGAGCCAGUGGCUGCAGGCAGCGGCAUACCGCAAGUGAAGUGUUACCUUAAUGGAGUGAAAAUACCUCGGAUUGUACGGAUAAAGACCUUGGUGGUGAAAGCAUUUGGCGUUGUCACGUCUGUGGUUGGUGGAUUGGCAGCUGGGAAGGAAGGACCCAUGAUCCACUCUGGGGCCGUGGUUGCUGCCGGGCUCUCUCAGGGGAAGAGCACAACCUUUCAUCAGGAUCUCAAGAUAUUCGAAUAUUUCCGUGAAGAUCAUGAAAAGAGAGACUUUGUGUCGGGGGGCGCUGCAGCAGGGGUGGCUUCUGCAUUUGGCGCACCUGUCGGUGGUGUCCUGUUCAGUUUGGAAGAAGGCGCUAGCUUCUGGAAUCAGAGCCUCACUUGGAGGAUCUUCUUCUCUUCUAUGAUAUCAGCGUUCACCUUGAACAUAGUGCUGAGUGCUUACCACGGGCACCCAGGGGAACUUUCGUAUGCUGGCCUAUUAAAUUUUGGUAAAUUUUAUGACAUUACAUAUGACUUGAAAGAACUUCCAAUUUUCAUGGUAAUGGGUUGUAUUGGAGGAUUAUUGGGCUCUCUGUUCAAUUACAUCAACAUGAAGAUUACGGUUAUGAGAAUGAGGUAUGUGAAGAGAAAGUGGCUGAAGGUGUUGGAAGCAGUUUUUGUCGCAGUGAUAUCGGCUAGUAUCGCUUUUGCCAUGAUAAUAGCCAUUAAUGAUUGCAAGCCACGUGUGGAUGAACAGUCUCCACAAUUUCCAGUUAAGUUUCACUGUGAGGAGGGAAGCUACAGUGCGGUGGCAGCUCUGUGGUUCCAGACGCCGGAAGCCAGCGUGCGGCUCUUGUUCCAUGGACCCGCAGGCUCGCACAAGGCUUUGACUGUCGGUGUCUUCUUCUUGCUGUACUUCAUCCUGUCGGUGGUAACGUACGGCCUGAGUGUCUCGGGCGGCCUCUUCAUCCCUGCUCUCCUGACUGGGGCCGCCUGGGGACGCCUCGUGGGGAUCGCAUUGCAGACAUUCUUCCCAACUUGCGCGUGGAUCGACCCAGGCAAGUAUGCUCUGGUGGGGGCAGCCGCGCACCUGGGGGGCAUGGUGCGCAUGACCAUCAGCCUCACCGUGAUCCUCAUCGAGGCGACGGGCAACAUCACCUUCGGGCUGCCGCUCAUGCUGACCCUCAUCAUGGCCAAAUGGAUCGGAGACUUCUUCACCGAGGGAAUAUACGACAUCCACAUCCAGCUGAUGCAGGUACCUCUGAUGCCCUGGGAGCCACCGCCACUCUCUAACUUCAUCUACGCCAGUGAGGUGAUGAACCACCCUGUGUGCGUCUUCAGGACCGUGGAAAAUGUUGGUGUGAUUGUGGACGUUCUGAAGGAAGUGAAGCAUAAUGGAUUCCCUGUAGUUGAUCCUUGCGUCACUGAAGACCAGGGAGAUCAGAGAAGUCAAGGAACAUUCCGUGGCCUGAUUUUGAGGUCACAGCUCAUUGUACUCCUAAAUAACAAAAUAUUUAAUGAAUCAUCUAAUAUUUGGAACCUUUCUGAAGUUUCUUUGAAGCUUUUUCGUGACCAUUAUCCAAGGUUUAGUACAAUAGAGGAAGUGGCUAUAACCGAAGAGGAGCGAUUACACACAGUUGAUCUGAGGCCGUAUAUGAACCAGUCACCAUACACAGUCCAGCACUCUGCAUCGAUGCCGAGAGUGUUCAGACUCUUCAGGGGCCUGGGGCUACGGCACUUGACAGUCGUCAACGACUGCCACGAGGUGGUGGGCAUCGUGACCCGCAAGGACCUCGCCAGGUUCCGUGUGUGGCGCCACCAGGGAAGAAUGGGCAUGGAGGAGCUAAUCAUCUCGGAGGAAACCUGACUUCUCCGUGUAUUGCCUUAUCAAACAAAGACUUGGUGUUUGUGCUGCCAGCAUGUUGGUUUUAUGAUGUGCCUUUUUUUUUUUUUUUUUUUAGUGUUUUUAUAUACAUAGUCUAUAUUGUAUAUUUCAUACCAUCAGUUAAUGGUAAAAUGUACAUAUGUAUUAUGAGCAGUUUUUAGAAGUUAUUCAGUUUAGCUCUAAACUUUGUUUGUAGUGAUAUUUUGAUAAACUGUUGAAAAAUGUUUUAAAUUUCUUAUCUUAUAAUGUUAUCGCUAAUGUUUUGAGAAAGUUAAUUAAAGUUUUGUUCACAUGUAAAA